ACAAUAAAUGUUAUAACAUGGCAAAUGUGUAGUUAAUUGGGCUGCAUUUCUCUUACCACGUCCUGUCAUUGCGGUCGCCAUGUUGCAUUUUUACGACGCUAGUGUUCGCUGACGGUAGUGAUGUUUACAGUAAGAAGAGCGAAAAGUGUUUACCCGUUUGUAGUCUUCACUGCGUAUACGACCUAUUACGAUUGGUUAUAGGUUUUUAUUUGUAAGUUGUCUUACAAGUAAUAGUAUAAGAUAGUGGUGGAAAAAGACAAUUUUGCUUUGGGGAAAAAAGCAAACUUGACAUGGUUUGACCCAACUAGGAUUCCGUACUGGGCAACGGUAGGACUUACGACACCACGCUGGCCGUACGGCCGGUAGUGUAGUCGCUACGAUAGUGCAGGUAACAUGUGUGGAGUUUGAUUUAGCUUUAUCAGACUUUAUUAGAAAUUUUAUUAACUUUAAACGACCGGAGGGCGUCAUGCACGAAAGGUCGCUUCCCGCCUCGCCCAACUGGUACUGCUCGCGCUGCAGUGACGUCAACAGCAGCGGUUUACUGGGCGUUGGAGCCAAAAACAUCAUCUAUCUGAUUGAUGUGUCUGCAUCCUCCUGCAGGGUCGUAGGGGAGCUCGUCGGCCAUAAAGACUUUGUGUCGAGCUUUUCGUUCUGUCAGCAUGCAGGGCAGGGCCACGUCUGCGUCAGCUCCUCCAACGACGGGAGCGUUCGCUUCUGGGACUCGGACAACAAGGUGCUCCUAAGGGAGCAUGCGGCUCAUCAGAGCCCCGUGGCGGCGGUGCACUGGUCUCCGCUGGAUAAGAACCUGGCGGUGUCGGGGGACGAGAAGGGCGUCGUGGUCUGCCACUGGCACAACACGGGAGACACGGCCAGCUUCUUCCCAGAGCCCAGGACCAUCUUCUGCCUCUCCUGCUCCCCCCACACCUGGAGCUCUGUGGCCGUCGGGUACAAAGACGGGAUGAUCGUGCUGAUCGACGUGAGCAAGAAAGGCGAGGUGACGCACCGUCUCCGAGGACACGAGGACGAGAUCCACUCGCUGGCGUGGUCUCCCCAGGCCGGCGAGGACGCCUUCUACAGCAGACAGGAGGACAGCGAAGCAAACGGUGGAGUGUCUGCAGGAGACGCGGCCGGCUGCUACCUGGCGUCGGGGAGCAAAGACCAGACGGUGAGGAUCUGGAGCUCGGCGAAGGGGAAAGCUGUGAUGACUCUGAAACUGCCCUAUCUGAAGAAGAGAGGCUCCACGGUCGACCCCGGCGUCAAAGAGAGACUCUGGCUCCACGUCCACUGGCCGAAGGGACGGCCCACGCAACUCGUGUCCAGCUGCUUCGGUGGUGAGUUGGUGAUGUGGGACCUGACCCGGACAGGGAAGCAGAGGUGGACCCUGUUUGGGACUUCCUCGGAGGGUCAGAACCACAGCCGGAUCGUCUUCAGCGUGAGUUCGGUCCGCCUGCAGGACGACAGAGAGCUGCUCAUCAGCACCUCCAUGGACCGAGAGAUAAAAUGCUGGGACCUGGCCUCUCUGGACUGCUGCUGGACUCUGCCCACCCUGGGCGGCUUCGUCUACGCCCUGACCUUCUCCCCCGUGGGUGCCGGGUGUCUGGCGCUGGGCGUCGGCGACAACAUGAUCCGGGUGUGGAACACGCUGACCACCCAGAACCAGUACGACACGCGCUCCUUCUGGCAGGGCAUCAAGUCAAAGGUCACGGCGCUGGCGUGGCACCCCCAAAAAGAAGGAUCCCUGUCUUUUGGAACGGACGAUGGUAAAGUCGGUAUCUACGAUGUCUUCUCUAACAGACCGCCGCAGAUAUCGAGCUCCUAUCACAGAAAAACGGUGUACACGCUGGCCUGGGGGCCCCCGGUCCCCCCAAUGUCCUUUGGCGCCGCCGGAGGAAAGCCGGCCUACAGCCUGUACAGCUGCGCCGGCGAAGGCGUCAUCCUGCAGCACGACCCGUCUCGGCUGAGCGGAGACGCGGCGGACAUCGACAGGCUGAUCCGAGACACCAACAGCAUCAAGCACAAGCUGUCUCCACACACCGACCUCCGCUGGAAGCCAGAUGGGAAAGUGGUCGCCAUCGGCAACGAGGACGGCUGCAUCGACGUGUACGAGGCUCCCGCCCUGAAGCUGCUGUGCAGCAUCCAGCAGCACCACAAGAUGAUCAACACGCUGCGCUGGCAUCACGGCCACGGCUCCUCGCCGGAGCUGCACUGCCUGCUGGCGUCGGGCUCCAGCAACGCCACCGUCUACGUGCACGACCUCCGCCCCGCCAUAGAGAAUCCUCCAGAAAGCCCCGUGGUGAUGACGGAGCCCUUUCGCAGGCUGUGUGGUCAUACCUCUAAAAUCACCAGCAUGGCCUGGAGUCCUCACCACGAAGCACGGCUGGUCACCGUCUCCUAUGACGCCACGGCCCAGGUAUGGGACGUGCUGCCCGAGGCGGCGGUCUGUAACUACCGGGGCCACAGCGGUUACCUGCUGUGCGUGGACUGGUCGCCGGUCGACCCGGAUGCCAUCUGGACGGGAGGGAAGGACUUCACCCUGCAGGAGUGGAGAGUCUCCAAACAAGAGUUUAAAAAGCCCCCCAAAGGGAAAAAGAUGGUCGACCUGAAGGAGAAGAUGAAGGCCAACCCCAAGCAGAAGAGGAAGAACAAGAAGGCGUCGGCGGCCGGGGGAGCUACGCCGCCGGAGACGAACGGAGAGCACGUUACCGGAGGCGAGAAGGCGGCGGGACAAGAGCUGUCUGGGGAAGAAGAGGAAGAUGAAGUCGGCUCUACCAACAGUCCUGUACCUCCAUCAGUUUCAGCCGCUUUUGAGACGCAACGGAAAUCUUUCACCGCUGUAAAGAGCAAAGACAAACCAGACUUGGCCCUGCUGAAGAAGAAGAAGCCCCGGUCCAUGCUGCCCAUCAGCACCUCCAUGGACCAUCGGCCCAAAGAGGAUCUGCUGCAGGACUGCGUCACUCUGGCCUCGGUCAGACACAGCUCUGCAGGGUGUGUCCCAGGCCAGGGAGAGCACGUCCACCUGGGCCUCUUCUCUGACAGACAGGCUCUGUACCGCAUGUUUGAGGCAGAAGAGGAGGGCCACGUGGAGGCGGGCCACUUUGACUCUGUGGUGUACCUGCGGCUGUGGAGCGGAGACCUGCAGGGGGCGCUGCAGCUCGCCACCGAGAGAGGAGAGCUGAACGACCACCUGCUCUCCCUAGCUCCUAUGGCCGGGUUCGAGGUGUGGAGCCGGACGGCCGAGGCAUUCGCCAGGCAGCUGUGUCUGCAGGAGCAGUACCUGAAGGCAGCGUCCCACCUGCUGUCCAUCAACCGGCUGUACCCGGCCGUCGACCUGCUGCGCUCGCACAAGCUCUACAGGGAGGCCAUAGCUCUGGUCAAAGCGCGGCUGCCCACCGACGACCCGCUCCUGAAGGAGCUGUACACCUGCUGGGCCGGCGUGCUGGAGAGGGACGGCCAUUUCUCCUCCGCUGCCAAAUGCUACCUGGCUGCUGGGGCCAGUUUCGACGCCGCCAAAGUGAUCGCCAGGAAGAACGACAUCUCCUCGCUUAGGACGGCGGCCAGUCUGGCGAGGCUCUCGGGAGAGGCGUCUCUGGCCCAGUCGCUGGCGCUGCGCUGCGCUAAAGACCUGGCUGUGGCCCAGGACUGGACCGCCGCCCAGGACGUCCUGAGCUCACAGGACAGCCUGCUGGUCCACCGGCUGCAUCUUUGCGCCGCCGAGCUGCUGGCCGCCGAGCUGCUGGCCGACCCCCAGCCCUGCGUCUCCAGUCACCCGUGGGCGUCGCCGGGCCGGCGUCCCCGCUGCAUCCUGGACCGCGUGAGGGACGUGUGGGAGGAGCAGUUCGGGGUCUCCCAAACGUCGGCUGGACAGCGCAGCGCCGCGGCUCUCCGACAGGAGCUGAAGUCUGUGGAGAGUCCGACGCCCAGCGCCAACAUUCCUCUGAGACAGGUCCAGCUGUAUUCAUCCCUACAUCUGACCCGCGCCGUGUUGAGCUGGUUGCUGGGCGACGACGGCCAGCUGAUGAAGGAGCUGUGGCAGGCGGCGGCCUGGCUCCGAGACACCGGCCACUUCUGUGUCUCUGCAGAGCUGUGCAGGCUGCUGUUCCCCGAUGGCGACGUCAGCGUUUGUUCCAGGAAACACCCCAAAACCCUCGAUCACACCGAAGGGGAAGCCAAAGCUGCCGCCGACGGCCUGCAGGCGCUGGUCCAUUACCACCGGCUGUACCAACACUGGUGGACGCACUCCGCCCAGAUCCGGAGCCCAGUUCCUCUCUCGCCGGCCGAUGGCGGCCCUGGAGACGGCGCGCAGGACGGAGCGCUGAACGGAGGCGUGUCGGCGCCAGAGGGGAGCGCCUGCCCGGCGACCGGGAGCUUUGGCGACCUGGACUUUGACGCGUCCGUGCUCCUGUCCGAGCAUCACGCCGCCUGCCAGGCCACUCAGCGGUCGGUGCGGGAAAUCCAGGAGCGGCUGGCGGCCAUGGUGCUGCAGCACAGCAGAGCCCAGGGAGGGCAGCUCCACCCUGGGGAGGAAGAGGCAGACGGGCCCGUGGUGCAGACCUCCACCGCCAGCGAGUCAUCAGACAGCCAACGGCUGGAGGAGCCCGAGACUCUGCUGUCUCUGUCUACCAAGAUGUCCCAACAGCAGAAACUGCUGGCCGACCUGCCUGACACCGUCAAGAUGUUUCCUCAUCCAGACGUGGUCGAGUGCUGCCUGGUUCUGCUGCACCUCAGCAAGUCUUCCCCGGCUGUCUCCGAGUCGCUCCGGCAACGGGCCAAAGAUCUGCUCCGCGAGCACGGGACCGGUCCCGCUGUCCUCAAAGCCUCCCGGCAGUUCCUCCCCUGACUCUCUCAGCAGUAGCACUGAAAGAAGCACUUCUACUGUACAGCUUUUUUUGUUGUUGAAUUAAAAGAAAACUUAUUACAAAAAUGAUGUUUA